GUUUGCAAUGGGGAGGGGGCGGCUCAGGACUUCUGGGUUUCCUUUUCCUGCCCUUGGGAGCCCUGCUAUAGGGCUUAAGCGUCCUGGUGAAGCUUGGCUUAGUUGGAAUGGGGGAGACUUCCAUUGCACCCCUUAUUCCCAUUUGCAGGAAUGUCCAGCUGCACGGCAGGCGGAAAUUCAGCAGGUUAAGCUGUUAUUCCAGGUGAGUGACUAACUGGGAGGUCACCCUUCUUGGUGAGGCUCAGGGAUCUGUGAUGGAGUGAGAAGAAACAAUAAGAAAGCUCACCUCUCUGUUCUGAGAUGUCGGCGACUUCUGCUGGGAUUCUGGCUCUGGAGCCGUUUCGUGUAAUGAAGUCUCCACCAGCUGCCUAUUAUGUUCCAGAUUUCAUCACAGAGGCAGAAGAGGCGUAUCUUUUGCAACAGGUUUAUGAUGCCCCCAAACCCAAGUGGACUCAGCUGUCGGGGAGGAGGCUGCAGAACUGGGGAGGGCUCCCGCACCCCAAAGGGAUGGUUCCGGAGAAGCUGCCUGCCUGGCUCCAGGCCUGCGCAGACAAAGUGUCUUCCCUCAGCGUUUUUGGAGGAAAAAUGGCGAACCACGUCCUGGUCAAUGAGUACCGCCCUGGCGAGGGCAUCAUGCCCCACGAGGAUGGCCCCCUCUAUUUCCCCACAGUCACAACCGUCAACCUGGGGUCUCACACCUUCCUUGACUUCUACCAUCCCAUCAGCAGAAGGCAGCAAACGGAAGGCGGAGAGGGGCCCAUCCCUCAGACUGAAGAUCAGCGCCAUUUCCUGUCCCUGCUCCUGAAGCCCCGUAGCCUCUUGGUCUUGCGGGAGGACAUGUACUGCCGUUACCUUCACGGCAUCCGCCCGGUCACAGAUGACACUGUCACAGAGAAAGUGGCCAAUGCAGGCAUGUGUGACGCUGAACUUGGGGACAUGUUGCAGCGGGGGACACGGGUGUCGCUCACCAUCCGUCACGUCCCCAAAGUGCUGAAAACCUCUAUUUUCCUGGGUAGACGGAAGUGACUGUUUUGCUUUGUGGUGGCCCACGCACUGGAACGCUUUUCUGUCCACAAGCAGGUCCCUGCAUGCAGAGAGCCAGCAUCUCAGGCAGAAGGGUUCUAGCCUAGACUUCUCUCUCUCUCUCUCUCUCUCUUUCUCUCUUUCUCUUUCUCUCUCUGGGAUGCAGGGAAUGUUUCUGUGUACAGUACAGAGAGUUUGUGGUGGUUCUUUGUUUUUUAGUAUGGAGGAGUAUUCCUCCUUGUAGUCCGAAGUGUUGCAGUCCAUGUUUGACCACCUCUUCUGAUGUUUGAGAGAAUGAAUCUUAACACAGAGAAAAACUGUGAAAUGCAGGAAUUGCCGGAGAGAAAGAGCAGCCGCUCUAGACUGCAAAUUUGCAUGAGCUAUUAAGCGGGGGCGGGGGGGGGGGGGGGAGGCAGGGAGUGAAGAGAGAGACGAGAAUAGUAAGCCCUGGAGGCAAAGGAGAAGAUGAGGCUGUGCUCUGGUGCAUAACAUGUUCUAUAACACACAGCAUGCAAUGUGGCCUGGCAGAUGGAAUGGAUGCUUGUCCUUCCAGCAAAGCCAGAAAGUCAGGCCAUCCUCAUUCUCUUCCCAGCAAAGAACCAUGUCUAACUUUGCUACCAGGAGACUGGAAAACCGGAAUGCCUGGGUUUGACUCACAUGCCCACAUAGCCAUGGCAGAGAGCCUCUGGUUUGCUCUAUGGGCAUGUCCUUAGGCCUCCAGACCUCCCUGUUUGGCCCACAAGGCUGCUUCUGCCAAGCCAUGCCCACCUGUCCUAUAGAUAAAGAUGCUGAUGGAUGCCAAAAGGGAGUUUGCAGGCACUGAUAGUCAACUGAUUGCCGGGGCCUGCAAAGCCCUGCACUUUGCAAGCCCACAAGGAUCAUGUCAUAGUGAGGGCUUGCAAAGGGUAUUUUUGCUUUCAUGGUCUGAUUGCAAACCACAAGGGUGCAAACAUAGUGGUGUCAGGUGACAGAAGUCCAGUGCCGAGCCUGCAGAAAUGCAAAUCUGGGCUAUUGGAUAGGUUUCCAUCUUCUGAUUUUAACAUGUUGCCCUACAUUGCUCCUUAUCCAUGCUAGUUCUGGCUCAAAAGACCAAUUCAACUAAAGCAUAUUUCCACUCUUGGAAAUAUUUUAUGAGGAAGUGCUAGCUUUGAAGCCAGGACAUUCAAAUAAAUGACUUGCCAGGCAUGUGCUAACGUCAUAAAGGUUUUGUGUGUGGUUCUUGCAAAACGCCUGUGGUUCUGAAAACGUUUGAGAUCAAAUGAGCCCUUGUCUUUUGCCCCAAAGACUAAAUCCACACUAUUGUGCCUGAACUUAGCACUCCAAAGAUGCUCUGAAUCCCAGGAUACAUUUCUAGUGUUCCGUCGGGGCAUGUCAAAGCAUCGUUUGCAAGGCUGACUUCAGCACAUCGCAGUCAGUGGUGAAAAAUAAAUGUGAAGUCAGAUUUAAAGAUAGCUAUGGGGUGAAGAGGUUACUGAGAUACAACAGUAGAAGAAAAAAAGUCCAUCUACAAUGAGACAAAGGAGGAAAUCUUACAACAUGCAGAUAUGCUGCUGACAUAGAGGACUGUAUGUCUGAUGCACUGGAAUACA